AUGGGUGGAGGAAUGGAGACGAACAAGAACAAGUUCAUAGAGGAUUGGGGAUCGGCGAGGGAGAAUCUGGAGCAUAAUUUCCGAUGGACACGUCGCAACUUCGCUCUCAUCGGAAUCUUCGGCAUCGCUCUCCCCAUCAUUGUCUACAAAGGCAUCGUCAAAGAUUUCCAUAUGCAAGAUGAAGAUGCAGAUUUGGUUGCUUAUGAUCUUAAGCACCAUGGUGAAAGAGAAACAUGA